UCAGUAGAUAUCAAGCCAAAUAUAGACCACCUGAAAAAGGAGACCCACCUGGUAUGCCAUCAGUUGGUCCAGUUCCACAUUGGCUGACAAACACUAAGUACCUUGCUCCAUUACUUUUAUCAUAUGAUGACAGACUCAAAGAGAAAGAUUCAACUAUAGAAGCAUAUGAGCAUGAACUGAAUCAGUUUAAGAGUCGCGUAGAAGAGGUUAUUGAAGAGAACCAACGACUACAUUCAAAAUCAGAGCAGUAUGAAAGAACAGGGAAAUCUUUCAUAUCACCCUCAGAAUGGCAUCAACUUCAAGAACAAGCCAAGUUAGUAUUAGAAGAAAAUCAACUAUUAAUGGAACAGUUGGACAUUCAGCAAAAUAAACAGAAAGAAGUACACAAACAACAUCUACAAGAAGUGUCGCGGAUAUCGAAAAAGCUGAUCCUGUCUGAGUCAGAGAAAAGUAGCCUGGAAACUGAUCUAAUGGAAGUGAGACAUAAGUACAGUUCAUUAAAAAAUAAACAUGAAGCAUCAUUGGUUGAAGGAGAUCAAAAGAUGCCAAUACAGGAGCAUUAUAGUACUGUUGCUGAUUUCAAACGAUCGCUGUCAGAUUUGAAUGAAAAACAUGCAGAAGAAUUAGAGAACAUCUUGCUAAAAUUACAGGCCACUGAGAAAGAAAAGAAGACCUUAGCCUUGAAUUUAACAGAUGCUAAAGCAGAAAAUAAACAACUAGAAGGGGAAAUAAGAGCCCUGCAGAGGGCGCUAAAGAAGUCGCAACAUAAGAUUGUUAAAAUGCAGAAAGAGUUGGAAUACUUAGAGAAUAAAGGUGCAGUUGCCAGUCAUCAUCUGGACAGUGUGUUAAAAGUAGCUGAACAAACUGUACAAGAAAGAGAUCAUUAUUACCAAGCUGCCCAAAAAGAAGCCCAAGAAAAAGAAAAAGUUGUUAAUAAGAUGAUGGAAGGAAAUAUCACUAUUGGGAAAAUGCAGGAAAAACUGAAAUUGUACAAAAUGAAAGCAGAAGAAAAAUAUGGUAAUUUUGCUUUAAAACUACAAGAAAAAUCUGAAGAUUUCAACCACAAAACACAGGAGUAUGAAAGAGAAAUGAGACACCUGCAACUUCUGCUCAAAGACAAACAAGAAUCCUUGGAUAAUAUGUCUGAUGAAAAAAGGUAAGAUAAAUUUAUAUUGACACUACAUGGC